GCGGAGCGGGCAGAAGGGAGCGGACUGGCGCCGGAUCGGUUGCGGCCCGUGCGGAGGCUGAGCCGGCCGCGGGAGCGACCGGAGGCAGUUUCUGUUACUAUGGCAAUGACGGCAGGGACUACAGCCACCUUUCCUAUGAGCAACCAUACCCGGGAAAGAGUGACUGUGGCCAAGCUCACGCUGGAGAAUUUCUACAGCAACCUAAUUUUACAGCAUGAAGAGAGAGAAACCAGGCAGAAGAAAUUAGAAGUGGCUAUGGAAGAAGAAGGAUUAGCAGAUGAAGAGAAAAAGUUACGCCGAUCACAACAUGCUCGCAAGGAAACAGAGUUCUUACGGCUCAAGCGGACCAGACUUGGCUUGGAUGACUUUGAGUCUCUGAAAGUUAUAGGAAGAGGAGCAUUCGGAGAGGUGCGGCUGGUCCAGAAGAAAGAUACAGGCCAUAUCUAUGCAAUGAAGAUAUUGAGAAAAUCUGAUAUGCUUGAAAAAGAGCAGGUGGCCCAUAUCCGAGCAGAAAGAGAUAUUUUAGUAGAAGCAGAUGGUGCCUGGGUGGUGAAGAUGUUUUACAGUUUUCAAGAUAAGAGGAACCUUUAUCUAAUCAUGGAAUUCCUCCCUGGAGGUGACAUGAUGACAUUGCUAAUGAAGAAAGAUACUUUGACAGAAGAGGAAACACAGUUCUACAUUUCAGAGACUGUUCUGGCAAUAGAUGCGAUCCACCAGUUGGGUUUCAUCCAUCGGGAUAUUAAACCAGACAACCUUUUAUUGGAUGCCAAGGGUCAUGUAAAAUUAUCUGAUUUUGGUUUGUGCACGGGAUUAAAGAAGGCUCAUAGGACUGAAUUCUACAGAAAUCUUACACACAACCCACCAAGUGACUUCUCAUUCCAGAACAUGAACUCAAAGAGGAAAGCAGAAACAUGGAAGAAGAACAGGAGACAACUGGCAUAUUCCACAGUGGGGACACCAGAUUACAUUGCUCCAGAAGUGUUCAUGCAGACUGGGUACAACAAAUUGUGUGACUGGUGGUCUUUGGGAGUAAUUAUGUAUGAAAUGCUAAUAGGAUAUCCACCUUUCUGCUCUGAAACACCUCAAGAAACAUAUAGGAAAGUGAUGAACUGGAAAGAAACUCUGGUAUUUCCUCCAGAGGUGCCUAUAUCUGAAAAAGCCAAGGACUUAAUUCUUAGGUUUUGUAUUGAUUCUGAAAAUAGAAUUGGGAAUAGUGGAGUAGAAGAAAUAAAAAGUCACCCUUUUUUUGAAGGUGUAGAUUGGGGUCACAUCAGGGAAAGGCCAGCAGCAAUCCCUAUAGAAAUCAAAAGCAUUGAUGAUACAUCAAAUUUUGAUGACUUUCCUGAAUCUGAUAUUUUACAACCAGUGCCAAACACCACAGAACCGGACUACAAAUCCAAAGACUGGGUUUUCCUCAAUUAUACCUAUAAGCGGUUUGAAGGGUUGACUCAGCGUGGCUCUAUCCCCACCUACAUGAAAGCUGGGAAAUUAUGAAUGAAGAUCCCAUUCGCUCACAACCAAGAGAACUCAGGUAGCUGCAUCACCAGGCUUGCUUGGCGUAGACAACAGUACACUGAAAUACUCCCGAAGAUGGUGGUGCUUCUGACUACAAGAGGAAAUUCUACAGGAUUAGGAUUUCUAAGACUACUACAGGAAUUGGUUGGCAGUGCCAGCUGGCUUUUUUUUUUAAUAUUUUAUUAUUUUUGUUAACUUUAUUAUAUGAAGGUACUGGAAUAAAAGAAAUGUACAUCCCUUUCUAACUGCACUGCCUACAUGCGUAUUAAGGUCCAUUCUGCCUGUGUGUGCUGUGGCUUUGUACUGUAACACCUCUAAUCAAUUCAGGAGCAACAUAUGUCAUUUAAAGCAACAUAGGCUAACCUGUAGGUAACACUGCAGUAUUGCUGUUUUACUGCAAACCUUAUGGGUCUAGAUAAUCAAUAAAAGCCAUUAGAACACUUGCCCUAUUGGUUUGGACAUGUAUAGAAUAUAUAUGAAGACAAUUUCUGUAAUGGUUUUAAGACAUUUUAAAAAGGAAAUACACUGGUUAUGUAAAAAAUAGAAUUUAUCAUCACGUUAUUGCACAAACUCCACAGUAGGGAGUGACAAGUUUAUAAUAAGGAGGAAGUUUUAACACCUUCACUCAAGCACUCCACUAAUAUAUUUACUUUGCAUUCAGAAAUACUGAUGACCUUUAUAUACGUAGUCUGUAUACUCAUAGGGAGAUGUACUGUAUUAUAUAAAAUGUAAAGUUGCUUUUCUUGUGACAAGAGGACUUCUUUUUUAACAAGAGGACAUGGCAUUAUUUUAAUUUGAUUAUGGUGAGUUGAAUUUAAGAAAUGACCAUGAGGGCUGCUUGUAGAGAACUAGUGUAUUUUUAUUAAACUAUUUUUUUAAACGUCA